GUGAUGGCAAAUCGCCACCCCCCGAAGUGCCGCAAUCUCAUCGCUAGAUCGCCAACUCCAACGCCAAUGCCCUCCCGAAUGCCCAGAUCUCAGCUUUCAAAUCGUGUUUCAUUCCCCCCACCCCCGUUGGUUGCCUCUUCUCAUGCUGGAUUGCUCGCUUGCUUGCUUGUUCCCAUCUUCGAGGGUGUUGUUGCCAUGGCUGGAAGAAAGAGCGGUUUCUACCAUCGCGUGCCAGGGUUUUAGAUCCGCUUCGGGGAGGCAGACACAUCUGGCGUUGGAAUUGUUGUGAGGUUUUUGUGGAGAUGGCGGUGCAGGAGCGAUGAUGAUGAUGAUGGUGAGGUUGGGGCGGGGUUGGUGAAGAGGUUUCGGCUGGAGAGAGGUGUGGUGUCCGCACGCGGUGAGAAGGCAGGGAAGGGGAAGGGGAAGAGAAUGGGGGGCUGUGAGAUGGUGGUAAUGUAUGCAUGGGAUGGGAAUGGGAUUAUGAUCGCCGGAGGUUGCUGAAUGUGGAGACAAUGUCGAGAGGAUUUUGAUUUUUCUGAUGCUGGAAAGCGAUUUUUUCGGACACGGAGCGGCACAUUUGUGUGUGUGUGUGUGUGUUGUGGGUUAGAGAGAAUGGCGGGGAGCUUUGGCGUAGGGCGAGAGUGCGUGUACUAGGAUUGUGAGUUGUUGCCAUGUGCUUCGGUAGGUUGUGCUAAUGCAGGCACAGAUCAGACAUUUUAGGUGGAGCUGGAAUACAGAGGCCGCGCGGGUGGUGGUGCCGAGCAUGGCUUUUGAUUAUGCUCAUUGGUAUCGGAUAAAGCAGGUCGAGGUGCCGUGGAGAAGGAUGUAGUGUUGUUGGUAGUUAGAAGAGCUGCAAAUGACCCAGUUCUUGGGGUUUGACGGAGGUAACAGGAGUAGGGAGUGCAUCGUGUUCUCAAGCCACAUAUAGAAGGCAGACGUAUGCAGAAAUGUCAGCUGCAGUGAGUCCUGCACCGUUCGACCGACCAGCAAGAACUAGUAACCGCAGCAAUAACUUGGUUUACAAGAGCGGACCACUUUAUAUUUCAUCGAAAGGUCUAGGUUGGAAGUCGUGGAAGCGACGAUGGUUCAUCCUUACCCGUACAUCUCUGGUGUUUUUCAAAAAUGAUCCGCAUGUGCAGAGUACGUACCCCGCGAAAGGGGGUGACAUGAACCUGACUCUUGGAGGUAUUGACUUAAACAAUUCUGGCAGUGUACUCGUUCGAGCGGAGAAAAAAUUGCUGACAGUUCUAUUUCCCGAUGGAAGGGCUUUUACCUUGAAGGCGGAAACAGUUGAAGACGUGGAUGAAUGGAAGGACGCCUUGGAACGAGCUCUUCAGGCAGCACCAAAUGCGUCAACAUUGAGUAACAGCCCGAGUUUCCAAACUGAAGUUCUUGAGUCUAUCGAUGGAUCAUCAGAGCAAGGAAGUAACCGGCGUCAAGUAAAAUCGGUGGUCAUUGGCAGACCAAUUUUACUAGCUUUGGAAGAUAUUGACGGAAGUCCUUCUUUUCUGGAGAAAGCCCUUACUUUUAUUGAAACCUACGGCGUUGGCGUCGAAGGAAUCUUGCGACAGUCCGCAGAUGUUGAAGAUGUUGAACGGCGUGUGCGUGAAUAUGAACAAGGGCGAAAUCAGUUUUCGCCAGAUGAAGAUGCACAUGUCAUUGGCGAUUGCAUCAAGCAUGUUCUCAGGGAGCUACCGUCAUCGCCAGUUCCUACACCAUGCUGCACUGCUCUUCUGGAGGCUAAUAGGGUGGAAGGAAAAGGAACUCGCAUCUCGUCCAUGAAAUCAGCUGUGACUGAUUCAUUUCCAGAUCCCAAUCGGCGACUGCUUCAAAGAAUUUUGAGGAUGAUGCGAGCAGUAUCAGCACACACAGACAACAAUCGAAUGACGGCAUCAGCUGUCGCCGCGUGUAUGGCUCCACUUUUGUUGCGUCCCUUAUUGGCUGGUGAAUGUGGACUGGAAGACGAGUCUGAAGUCAGUCCAGAUAAUGCCUCUCAGCUCCUAGCAGCUACUGCUGCUGCUAACAAUGCCCAAUCCAUUGUCACAACGCUACUGGAGGAAUACGAUCACAUCUUUGAAGAUUACGGUUUACAUCGUGCUCCACCUUCCCCACAAAUUUAUGGAACGCUGGAGGCCAGUGAAACAGAGGGCUCAUCUGAUGAAGAAGAUGAUGAAGCAUCACGCGUAAUGAAUGAAGGCGAAGGGAACUUUCAUGAUGCAGCUAAUGAUUUACAAGAAGAUGGUGAUGAGUUCAUUGAACGCGCUCUUUCAGGCACUCUUAGUGAAAGUAGUGGCAACCUUGGCAGUGAUGUGUUCGACUAUAAGGUAUUUGAAGGUGGGGAUUCAGACAAUGAGUGCUCAGGGGGUUUCGGCUCCUCGACUGUACGACCUAAGGGAAGUACUAAAGCAUGGUCACGCUCGGUGCAACUUGGAAGUGAGGAUCAGAAUCAUAUACCUUCAGUUACGAUCGAUAAUGGUGCGUUCAACUCAAACAUUACGGGACGAGGUCGCUCGACUCCGUGGAGGGAUGGGAUAGUAUCUCCACCCACGAGCGCACCGAUAUCUGAAAAGAGUAGUACAAAUCCUAGUUUGAAACAACGGGCUUCAACUUCCAGCAGCAAGCGAGCAUCACUAUGGGGUCUUACAUCUGUAACCAACAAAAAUGCUAAUGCAGAUGUGAAUGAUUCAUCUGGAGAAGAAGAGUUGGCUAUACAUCGCUUGGAAGUGACGAGGACUGACUUGCGAAACCGGAUAGCUAAAGAGGCGAAAGGGAAUGCAAUUUUACAAGCUAGCUUGGAAAGAAGAAAGCAAGCUUUACAUGACCGUCGUCUGGCCCUUGAACAAGAUGUGGCAAGAUUGCAGGAGCAGCUUCAAACAGAGCGGGAUUUGAGAGCUGCUUUGGAAGUCGGGCUCAGUAUGUCAGCUGCUCAGCUAUCUGGUGCCCAAUCUCUGGAUUCAAAGACAAGAGCCGAGGUGGAGGAGAUAGCUAUUGUAGAGGCCGAUGUUGCAAGGUUGAAACAAAAGGUUGCCGAACUUCACUUACAGCUAAAUCAGCAACGUCAACAGCAACAUGGCUUGUCUCUUACCGAUUCUUCUGAGCGGCAGCAGCGCGUCAAAAGUCUUCAAGCUCAACAGAAAAUUUUACAACAGGAGCUUGAUCUCACGCUAGCACUUUGCCAUCAUGAGAAGCAGAAAAAUGAGAAUAUAGAAGGUAGCGGCGCUCACGAAGAUGCAGCUGCUCUUGAGCAAUUUGUGAAUCAACAGCGUAAUGCACUUGCAGAAGCCAAGGAGGCUCUUGCUGCUGAAAGAGCUAGAGGCGCGAGUAUGCAGCGGCGAACCAGUCCCCCACAUGAAAUGUCAGGAGUUAGCGGCUGGAGAACACUUCGUCCUCCAGCAGGACCCUCGGCCGCUGGCCGCCAAUUUGCUUGGAGAAACCAGCCAGAUCCAUUCAACCUCUCAGAUGAUGUGGAGUCUUUGGAACAUUCGGGUGGAAAGAGGCUUCAUGCUGAUAUUGAGAGCGGCAGUUCGAGAGUAUCAGCUCCACCAAGGCAGAGUGCGACAGCUUCGGCAGCCUUAGUCGAGUUGACAACACGCCUCGACUUCUUCAAGGAGCGUCGAUCUCAGCUAAUGGACCAACUCAAUAGCCUGGAUCCAAGUUUAGUGCCUACCACUCUCACUGGCCAUGACUUGAUCCCAGCUUCCCCAACGAAGAGAAGCCCUUGAACAAUUCUUUGAUAAUCCUGCAGCAUUGUGUAGGACAAUUGAGCUGUAAAAUGUUCAUUGUAGGAGUUGCAACUAGACAAAACACGACCACGAUGGGUGUUUAGUCAUCAUGCCAGGGCUCAAGGUCUUAUUGUCGAGCACUUUCAUGGUAGCAGUCUUGAAAUGUUUAGUGGGACAGUGUUGGCAUUAUAACAUUAGAAAGAACACCUCGUAUAGCAUUGGAGUGGUGCAAGCCCUCCCGAUCUUAUGUUUGUGUCAGAGGGGUCUUUCGAGGGUUAAAUCUCUUCAUUGUAUUUCCCUGGUCUACCAACUCCUUUCUUGAAAUUUGUCGGGGAAUCUCAUAUGGAGCUAUUCUGUUAAUCCUACAUUAUUGUUUGAUCAUGAU